GGGGCUGGCGGGGAGCGGAGCGGGUAGCAGGGGGUGGAGCGCGCCGCUGAGCGGCGGCUAGCGGAGCCAAUGGGCCUCCGGGAAGGAGGCGGGCGCUGCGGGGGUGUCUGUCGGGUUAGAGCGAGGCGUGACCCAGUUGACGCGCGCUGCAAACAGAGGGGAGUGAGAAGGAGGCGGAGGUACAGACAGCAGGAGCACCCCCAGCGCCACCGCCUCCUCCUCCUCCACGGCGGCGCUGUCGUUGUCCGAGUCUCGCAGCCGGGCCAGCGUGCUUCUUUCAUCUCCUGUGAGCCUGGGGAACCUGCAGCUCAAAGCCGCCGCCAGCCACAGCACCAUGUACCCUGGUAACAAGCGGAAAAAGGUCUGGAGGGAAGAAAAAGAACGUUUGUUGAAGAUGACACUGGAGGAGAGACGUAAAGAAUAUUUACGGGAUUAUGUUCCUCUGAAAGAUAUCCCAACAUGGAGGGAAGAACUCAAAAGUAAGACCCAGGCCCAAAGUGAUGAAGAGAAUACUAAAGAAGCUUUGUUACUGAAGAAAAGUCUGAGUGAGAAAGUCUCCCUCUACAGAGGAGAUAUUACGUUGCUUGAGAUUGAUGCCAUAGUUAAUGCAGCUAAUUCAAGUCUUCUUGGAGGUGGUGGUGUUGAUGGCUGUAUACAUAGAGCAGCUGGGCCCUGUCUAGUUGCGGAGUGUCGCAACCUGAGUGGCUGUGAAACUGGACAAGCAAAAAUUACUUGUGGUUAUGACUUGCCUGCAAAAUAUGUCAUCCAUACUGUGGGUCCUAUAGCACGAGGGCAUAUUAGUGAUACCCAUAAAGAAGACCUGGCAAAUUGCUAUAAAUCCUCCCUGAAACUGGCAAAAGAGAACCUCAUCAGAUCUAUUGCAUUCCCAUGUAUUUCAACAGGAAUUUAUGGUUUUCCGAACGAGCCAGCUGCAGUCAUUGCACUUACCACAAUCAAGGAAUGGUUAAGCAAGAAUUAUCACGAGAUGGAUCGUGUCAUUUUUUGUGUAUUUUUGGAGGUGGACUACAAAAUUUACAAGAAGAAAAUGAAUGAAUUUUUCCCUGCAGAUGAGGACAAUGAGGAAGAGAGUGAAAUGAAUAAGAAUGCAGGGGGAAUGGAGCAGAAAGGCCAGUCUCCUUCACCCGUGAAAUGCAAAGCAAAGCAAACUGAGAACCUGGAGGAUGAUAAUGAGGCAGGUGACAAUGACAUGGAGGUGAAGCAAAGCACUGAUGAAAUUGGGAGUCAGAGUCAAGAAGCAGAUGAAGCAAAACCUCCAGUAAUAAACAGCUCAACAGAUGGAGGAGAGAACCUAUGCAAGGAAAAAGAGUCCUCCCAAGAUUCCAAAGCUACACAAGAGCAUAAUCCAAUGCCUCAUACACUCUGUGAGCAAGAUCAAGCUGAUGGACCCCAGGAUGAUUCCACUGAGGAUGACAUGAACACUCAGACUGAUUCUCAAGUCUCCUACAUGGAAGCGGAAGAGACUUUGACAGCCCAUGAGGAGCCAGUGAAGGAAGAGAAGCCAUUGGCCCCUGAAGUAGAUAAAAGUUAUCAAGACUCCAAAGGUGAAGAAAAAGGAGCAGAACAAGGGAAAGGGAAGCAGACCACAGAGCCAAUGCAACCCGAAGUUCCAUGUGAUACAGAAAACAUUUCUAGUAAUGACGCUGAAAUGAACAGUCAGGUUGAAAACAUAGAUGAACCUACAGAAUCCCAGAAAGAAAAUUAAUUGGUAGAAGACCAUGACGAGAGACAAGAACAGGGUGAUGAAACAUGACCUGCAGCCAUUGGUGCAUUAUAUGGCAACAUUCUGAUUAGAAGAUGACAGCACAUCCUGAAGUGCAAAAGGGGGCAGGGGGCGGGGAGGGUGACUAAGGGACCAUGAUUCUUUAAAUUAGUUUCUCUUCUGUGUUUCAUUUUGUUCAGUGAACAACAUGAGGCUUCUCUAUCUUGGUUGUGGUGUCUUGGUUCCAUUUUCUUUGCUUCAUCACUGUAUUUUCUACAUCUUCUACAUCUUCUUUUGAAAAUCUAGGCUCUCUGUCCUGCAGAAUACAUAUAAUUUUUGUUAGUUUCUAAAAUAUUGUUUCCCAAUUAUAAUGCCUCUCCAAGGCAAUGUGUGGAAAGGAAAAUUUGAACAUCCCUCUGAAGUCUUGCAAUGUUUAUUGUUGUUGUUGCUAAAUAAUCACAAAACCCUAACUUCUAUACCUACCAAAACUGAGCACUGAUGCUAGCAAUAUUAAUACUCUCUCUCCUCUUGGUAGUGUCAGCCUGCCAAGGCAAGUACACAACUGCUUCAAUUUGUUAGACUUUUCCUACUGCCACCAUAGAACAGUAUAAAAACUAGGAGUGCAUGGAGAUUUUCGGGUAUAUAAGGACCAUAUGAUAACCCCAUGUGAAUGUUGCCCCCAUAACAGAGACUAUAAUGGAAACCAGAGACUGAAAGAACACAAUAUGGAGAUUGUCCAUCAGACCAGUCCUUCUGGUAAGAGGCUUACAAAACAUAACACGGAGUUGCUGCCAUGCAGAAGUGUUGCUUAACAUCCUCCCUGUAAGAGAUGUAGCAUUUGAAAUGGCCCUUGGACAUUUUUAGUGAGGCUAACUUGGAUAGUUUGGGGAUUGGCUUCCAUUUGGAUGGUCCACAGACAGAAUGGAUACAUAUUCCAUGGAAAAUAUACUGUAUCUCAGUGGUAUUGGCCAUGAUAACCAUCCAUGGUCAGAAGGAGCAUACCAUUGAUUGCCAAAUACCAAAUAACAAGAGAUGAUCUCUUCUUCCUGUCCUGCUUUGUAAGCAUCUGAGUAGAAUCCAGUGAGCUACUGUUGGAGUUUCUACAUUAACUAGGCUUUUCUUGUGACAAUCAAGAGAGAUACCUUUUAAAUCUCUAUAUUCUUUGCUGUUUUAUCUACUCAUGACAUGAAACAUUUUAUCUACCCUAAUGGUGUUACUGCACAGAUCAAUAUCACAUUGUCUACUAGUGGAUCAGCACCCUGUUGUAUUUUGAACAUGAGUACCAAAGUACCUAGUAGGAGGGAUAGCAGAUAUUCUGCAUCUAGCACAUUGUAAGUAUGGCUUGUAGCUUUAACAACUUCUUGACAACCCUGGUUAUAUUUUCAACUGCAUAUGCACACUUUUUAAUACAUAAAAAUGCAAUUAACAGUUAUUUGGUGACGAAUGUUGUACCAUAUGUCAUCUGUUCUGCUAGCAAAUGCUGUGCUCAACUUAAAAACAAGAAUUUUAUGUUCAUUUUUCAACCACACUGUAAAUUAAAAUGAAACCCCACUUGCAAGAUUGAAAGAACACACAGCAUGCGUCCAGUGUUUGAUAUUCUGUAAACUACUUUCCAACUGCUGUUAAAAACAAUUAGAAGAAUGUUUUUACAUUACGAAAUUCUGGUUUUGCUUAAUUGUGCAUUUAUACCAUCCUCAAAUCCUAAAAUACUAAUUUGCUUUCUUGAGGGGGGGGGAAGGUGUAUGUGCAUGAAAGGAAGCUGAAAUUUAUCAGAUCUACUCAUUUUGUCAGCCACCCCCCCCCAUCAUGAAUCUGGUCAGGCAGUAAAUUUUGUUUAAGCUUCCAUAAUUGUAUAUGGAAAUAUGAAUUUAUUCAUUAGAUGCCAUUUGUAGGCAGAUCAGAAAGAAAUGGGAAAACCAAAGACUAAAUUUUAAAAUGUGAUUUUAAAAUGACUGUCUAGCAACGUUUGUGUAUUUUAAAAGAUUGUGCUAUGAAAGGGUGACAUUUUCAAUUGCAGCUUUCUGUCAUCUUAAACCAUCCCUUGCAGUGGUGUCAGGAAGGACAUCUUUAGUAUUUCAUUCUGAAAUCACAUUGACAUUAAUAUCAUCUGCAUUAAAAUGAACCUAGGUUCCAUAUACAAUAAACUUAUGAGCUACCCAGAAAUCCAUGUCAUCGGAUCUUUUGCUGUGCUUGGUAAGAAUGUAUUUUAGACUCUCAUUUACCUGUGGAGCGCCUGUGCCUCUUUUCUUUCCAGUUUCUCCUAGCUGGAACAGGAUCUCUUGUUCUCUGCUAUUAUGAUUUCCCCCACUAGUUCUCUUUGUAUUGAUUUGUCAUUACAACUUGCUGCGAUCAAAAGAUGAGCAAGUUGUGUAUCACAAAUUGCCCCAAUUUAGCAAAGGCAAUCUGCAUGCAGAAGAAGCUUUCAGUGUAUGGAUCAGCUUGCUGGAUAUGAUCCAUGUGUGAAAAAGGUGUUGUUCAGGGUUUAAAAAAAGAUCCCACGUGCAGUAUAUGAGGCUGCUCAAAUGAUGAUGAUUUUUGCUGGCUUACAUCUGUGCACAUAUCUCCCUAACAUACAGUUGACAAUAUCAUCUCUAACUGCACCAAACUUGGGGAUAUAUGGGGAUUAAAUCCAAGUUUGCCCUGCUUUGCCACAUAUCAGAUUAUCAGUGCUGUUCACCAAGUGUAUCAAGGAUAUCUGUAUGUAGUAAAUGUGAAUUAGCAUCAAAUGGUUCUUUUAAAUACCCUGAAUCAAAGGAUAUAAAAUCUGACAAGGGGUAAGAGAGUAUGAGAUAUCACCAAAAUUCAAUUUUCCUUCAUGUAUUUUACUUAAAAUGAUACAGGCUAAAGGAUCCCCUUGUCUAGCAAGGUUCGCAUGAGGCAGAUUUAGAAAAAUCAAUUGCUUUCCAAUUUGAUUUUAUAGUGCUGUCAAAAGUUAUAUCAAUCUAAUUCAUGUUUUGUUAUCUUGUGUUGUACUGCACUGGAAAACCAUUGCCACCUAUUGGCAUCCAAUCUCCGCAAGCAUCAUUGUGAUUAAAUAUGAGAAAGGAGCAGGAAAAGGGGCAGAGGCAAGACAAAGAAAUGUCAGAAAUAUGCAGACACAUGAAAAACUCUUCAAGCUUCUGAGCACUGAGUAGUGUUCAACAGAAUUAACUACCAAAAUACUCUGAUUAAAAGCUUUCCCCCAUAGUACAUGACAGUAAUUUCAUUGCCAUCUCCAAUUAACCUUGGCCCUCCUUAACAGUGGUGCUUCUUUUAGGUUCUGAAACUUUUGCCUCAGGAUGCUGUAGCAAAGUGUGAAGCACAGAUGGGAAGCUUAGAAUAAGGUGGCAAAAAAGUUUGAUUAAUAGCGGUCUGGUUUCAGACUUGACUGUACAGCUUACAAUUUUCUCAGUUGAGACAGUGAGGCUACAUUUGUGUUUAGAAGUGUGUGGUUUUGUGUGUGUGUUUUAAAAGCAAAUAAUGUGGGCAAUAAUUUCAUUUUCAUUUUCUUUUGGGUAGUGCUGCACAGGUACACACUAAAAAAGCCUGAGUAGAUUUUAUUGGAGCUUAGUCACACACACGACUCUGUACAAGAUAUUAAAAUGUGAAUUUUCACAUCCAGACAGGGUUUUACUGACAUCUAAAAGAUAACACCCUCCCCCUCCCAGCUGCCUUCACAAUGCUUUGCAUAAGGAGAACAGAGGCCCUCUUAUUACUUGUGUUUUGCAUACAAAGACUAUGCUCUUUAUAUAAUUUUUCCAAGGUGUCUUUUAAUGUACUCAUUCUGUACUGAGGAAUGACAUUAUAUUCUAGCAACUGUUCGGAUGAACAAGUUUCCUUUUCAUAAAAGUUGAGAGAGGAGAUGUCUGAGACAUUACUGUCUGUUAAUAUUGGGUCACAUAUUAUUCACUGCAGCUAAUUGUAAAUCUUUCCCUGAAGCACUGAAAAGCCUCUUUUGUGAAUUAACACUGUUCUGCUUUAUGCACUUGAUUUGAAAAGGACAUUUCUCUAUAUGCAGUGCAUGUCUGCUUUGCUUUUAAAAUGACAAAGUUAGCAAAAUAUGUUGGAUAUAUUUUCUUGGGAAAUAGGAUUUUUAUCAUACAAUUCAUCAAGGAUUUGCCUUACCCUGACAUUUGUGAUAUAAAGUCAGAAAAAAUGUAAUUUUCUUGAUCAAAAAUAUGUUUUUACUUCAAUGCAAAUAAAUGUAGUCUCUUGCUUGCAAAAUAUCUUCUAACAUAUAAUAUAAACUGCUAAGUAGGUAACAGAAGCCUCUUCUGUUAAUCUGACAUUUAAAUGCUGGACUUGCUGAUGAAUCUAUUCUUUUCCUUUUGUCUGUGCCAUACAUAACUGAGAACUCUAACAAAAUGAUGCCUUCAUACUAAAAUGUUUGUUAAAAGGAGAAUCAGAAUAAAACUUGUUCUGAGGAUGAA